AUCGAAGAGGAAAUGAUGUCUCUGAUUUCUGAGAAUCAAAAACUCAAAUCCAGUACAAAAGCUCUGCAAAAGCAGGCCAAAGAACUGGGGGAUGAGAAUGAGAGGCUGAUGAUCGUCUUCAACGACAAAAAGCAAGAGCUUGUAGAUACAAAGGUGAAAGAGGCCUUUCUGAAGCUCAAGCAAAAACUGAAGGAUGACAAAAAGGCUUUCCAGGAAGAGAGUCACAAGCUUCGACUGGAGAAGCUUGAGCUGGAGGCAAAAAAUGCAGAUCUCCUGAAGCAAACCGAACAUCUGAAGGCCAAACGUAAAGAACAGAUGGAGAAGAAGGAUCUGCAGAACAAAACCACGAAGCCAGAAGAUCUGGAGGCCAAAAUACAAAACCUCCAGAACGAAAAACAGCACCUGGAGGCCGAAAACAAAGACCUUCUCAGAGAAAAAGCAAAUCUGGAAACCAAAAAUAGAGACCUCGAGAUCAAAAAUGAACACCUGGAGGCUGAAAACAAAGACCUUCACCUGGAAAAAAUAAAUCUGGAAACCAAAACACAAGACCUCCAGAACAAAAAACAGCACCUGGAGGCCGAAAACAAAGACCUUCUCAGAGAAAAAGCAAAUCUGGAAACCAAAACUAGAGACCUCGAGAUCAAAAAUGAACACCUGGAGGCUGAAAACAAAGACCUUCACCUGGAAAAAAUAAAUCUGGAAACCAAAACACAGGACCUCCAGAACGAAAAACAGCACCUGGAGGCCGAAAACAAAGACCUUCUCAGAGAAAAAGCAAAUCUGGAAACCAAAACUAGAGACCUCGAGAUCAAAAAUGAACACCUGGAGCGCGAAAACAAAGACCUUCACCUGGAAAAAAUAAAUCUGGAAACCAAAACACAAGACCUCCAGAACGAAAAACAACACCUGGAGGCCGAAAACAAAGACCUUCUCAGAGAAAAAGCAAAUCUGGAAACCAAAACUAGAGACCUCCAGAAAGACAACGAUCAUCUGAACCUGGAUAAGAAGGCACUUGAGGAGGAAUGUCAAGCCCUUCACAAAAAGAGCGAAGAGAUGAUGGAAGUUACUAAAAUACUGGAGAAAGAAAAUGAGGAGCUGCAGGAGCUUCUCAGCAAGAAAAAGAAGAAGAAAUUCUUCAGGUUCUUCAAACACACUGAGCCAAAAGAGAAGGAAGAGCAGAAGAUGGAAAAGCAGAAAAAAGAGAAGAAGUCAGCAGGUUGCUGGAGCUGGUUCCACUAAACCUGCUUUCUUCACCUUCCACACCUUUUCCUCUCAUCUUUCUUCACCUUCCACACCUUUUCCUCUCAUCUUUCUUCACCUUCUUCACCUUUUCCUCUCAUCUUUCUUCACCUUCUUCACCUUUUUCUUUCAUCUUUCUUCACCUUCUACACCUUUUCCUCUCAUCUUUCUUCACCUUCUACACCUUUUCCUUUCAUCUUUCUUCACCUUACACACCUUUUCCUCUCAUCUUUCUCCAGUCUAACUUCCAUCUUUCUCAUCUUGCCACCUCCAACCAUCACCUCUCCAUCCACCUUAUCCCCCAUUCUCCACCCCUUUCUCAGCCUUUUCUCACCCCUUUCUCACCUCUCUGUCCUCCCCUAUCCAAAGGGCAGCACGGUGGCUCAGUGUUCAGCGCUGUAGCCUCACAGAAACACCUCCUCCUAUUUCUGUGUGGAGUUCUGUGUUCUCCACGUGUUAGCGUGGGUUUUCCCCGGGUUACUCCGGUUUCCUCCCACAUCAUUAAAAAACACAAACCAAAUUAGGCUAAUUGGACACUCUAAAUUAUCUCAACUUUAAAAAAAAAAAAAUAAAAAAUUCAUCAAAAAUAAAACAAACAACUAAACAUAUUUCAGCAUUUGUCUGCCUCUAUGGGUAAAAUACAACUAACUGCACCACGUUGUGGCUGCUGGUUGUUGUACAAACUGUUGGUUCUGAUGUCAACAAAACGUUGUGAAGGUUAUUAUAAAUGUGUGUUUAGUGUUUUGAUUCUUUGCAGGAAAUUGUUCCAGGCGCUACGAUCAUGACUGCACAUCUACUACUGAACAUAAAACAUUUAGACAGAGAAUCUGCUGACAGAAGUACUAAAACAUUCUAAAAACUUGUAAGAUGCAAUUUCAAAAGUAAACAGUGUAAAUAAUAUAAAGUGUGUAAAAAUGUUUUAACAAAGGUAAUGUGAAAAUAUACAUAUAUACUAUAUACAACAAUUUAUAGUUACUGUGUAAAAAACAUAAUAAUUUAUGCAAUCUAAUAAUAUACAGUGUAGGAGUUGUAAAGAUAUCCAGUAUGUUAGAAUUUACUAUGUAAAAAAUAUCCUGUAAUACAAAUGGUAAAAAUAUGUACGGCAUAAAUAUGCUAUGUAAAAAAUACACAGCAUGCUAGAAUGAAAUUUAAACAAGCAUACAAAGCAUAUGAAAAACAUCCAGUAUGCAAAAGGUUAAAAACUUAGGUACUGCAAAAAUAUACAAUGUAAAAAAAUAUGAAAAACAGAACAAGGUCCACAUUAAAAAUCUGGAUCUUUAGAAAUGGCAAUUUGUUCAUUGACAGUGUUUGACUACUUCCUAUAAUACAAAUAUAGUAGUAAAAGUAAAAAGAAACAAACAUGUAUUGUAAAAAUUUACAGUGCACAAAAUGUGCAAAGAAAUAUGUCAUGUAAAAAUAUGAUGAAACAAAUCUAAUGCAAAAAUAUACAGAUUAAAAAAUAUCUAGUGUACAAUAAGUUUUAAAAUAUGUAUUGUAGAAAUACACACUGUAAAAAAUGUACAAAAGUGUAAAUGUAAUGUAAAAUAUGCAGUGCAGAAAAUGUCUUGUAUACAACAGGUUCAAAAUGUGUCUGAUAAAAAUAUACAAUGUACUGUGAUUUUUGUUUUAAUGUAAUGUAGAAAUUGACUGUGUUAAAAAUAUCCUGUAUACAAAUGGUUAAAAAUAUAUAUGGUAAAAAUAUCCAAAUAUGAAAAAUAAAACAUUUUUUAUACCAACUUACAGUACACAAAAUGUGCAAAGAAAUAUGUCAUAAAAAUACACAGUGUAUGUGCUUUAACAAUAUCUAGCAUGCAAUAAGUUCUAAAGAAAUCUGUAUUGUAAAAAUAAACUUUUUUUAUUUAUUUAUUUAUUUUACAAAAAUGUAAAGAUAUCCAGUGUGGAAAAAGUUAUUUUUUUUAAAUGUAUAGUAAAAGUAUACAGUGUAAAACAUAUGAUGCUUAAUGAUAGUUUUUGAAAAUGCAUGGUACAAAUAUACAAGGAAAAAAAUACAUUAUUUUCAACUUAAAGAAAAAUGCAAAACAAAACUAUACACCGUACAAAAAAUAUACAGUGUUAAAAAUAUCCAGCAUGCAAACGGUUAAAAAAAUAUAUGUAUUGUAAAGAAUGUACAAUCUGAAAAAUAUAAGAAAAAAAGUCCACAUUACAAAACUGGAUUCUCUGAAACGGCAUUUUGUUCAUUUACAGUGUUCAACUACUUCCUUUAAUACAAAAAAACAUGCUUUGCAAAAAUACAAUUUAAAAAAUCUAAUGAAAAAAUAUGCAGAUUAAAAAAAUAUCUAGUGUACAAAAAAUUGAAUGUGAACAAUAUGCAAAAAAUGCAAAAAUGUUUAGAAAAUAUUCUGUAUGCAGCAGGUUUAAAAUAUAGCUAUGGCAAAAAUAUACUAUGCAAAAAAAUUGUAAAAACACAUCAUGCUUAAAUAAAAAAACUGUAAAACCAUGCAAUGUAAAAAUAUAUAAAGUGUGAAAAAUAUGCAGUGAGGCUUUAAAAAUUGUACUGUAAAAAUAUGUGAAAAUCACAAUAAAAACAACAAAUUCAUGUGAAAAAUCUGUAUUUUUAGAACUGGCGAUACAUCCAUUUACUACUUCCUAUAAUACUAAUGCUGUUGAGUAUAUAAGAUGGACACGAUGUCAUCAAACAUGAAGCACACCUUUACGAGCCUGAAGAUAAAAGCCGAACCUGGUUUUUAGUCAUUUGAGGCUCAUAGCGUCAGAGGUGUGAGCUGGUCUGAGGGUCAGGAUGUGACUGUAGCAGAAGAUGAAAGUAAAGAGAUGAAAGCUGACGUGGUGCCACGUCUCAGGGGUGAUUUGGCUGAAAGCACCAAGUAUAAAACUCCCCACAGAAAGCGGCGUCUCCAGAGUGGGAGCCCAUCUGAGCUGCAAGACGAAUGCCAGAGAGAAAAAAGAAAAACCCAAAGAGGCACAUUCAUUCCUCAUCAAUAUAUCUGCAGAGAUGCUGGUAGCCAUGGAGAUGGUCAGUCAACAUGUAAUCACAAUGUGAUGUAAAAAUAGCAACAUUGGUGCUCUGUGUGUUACACAGAGUGAAGACUUUCUCUCUGCGUCGUGGUUUCGUGGAACAGUGAACUACAUGGAUGGGAUUUUGGAGAAUCUGAUCCCAAAUCCUGCUCGCUCUCGCCUCAGUGACCGCACACCAGCCACAAUGUUAAUGCUGCUGGGGGAGUCUAGCUCCGAGCCUCAGGAGGUUUAGCUCCAUACAUGCUCUACUUGAAAAGCUCCUAAUGCACUCAGGCUUCUGCUGGGGGAAGCCUGAAAAAAUUAUUUCUUAAUCAGCUUCCUGCUACGAGGCAUGUCUUCAUAAACACAUUAAGAUCUGCAAAGAAUAUGAACAUAUUAGUUAUUUCACUCCACAGAUUCCUGCAUUUGUGUUUUUGGGCCUUUUGGUGACAAAAAAAAAAGGAUUUUAUCAGAGCUACUUCCAUGAACCAAUCAGAAUUUAAGAGCAUAAGAAUUGAAAAGGGCUUUAACCUUCGUGUUGUCCUGCGGGUCAAAAUUGACCCGUUUUAGAGGUGGAAAAUGUGGGGGGAAAAUAUGUUUUCACAGUGAUGUCCACAUUUUCAACAUUUUUGGGAAAUCUUUGAACAUUUUUUGGUGGAAAAAAAGAAAUGUUAAAAACGUUUCUUUAAGAACAUUCACAGAAAAAUAAACCAAAAUCCAGCGAAAUUCACUGGAUUUUGGUUGAUUUUUGGUUGAAAAAGAAAAGCAUUUUUUUUCUUUUUUUUCAUUUCUACACAUUGUUAAUGGGGUAAAACCAUCACUCCUGUGUUCUAAUGCUACAUUGUGUUAGCUAAUGGUGUUGAAAGGCUAAUUGAUGGUUAGAAAACCAUUGUGCAGUUAAAAAGUUAAAGUUAAAAGUGUGAGUUUUCAUGGAAAACAUGAAAUUGUCUGGGUGAUCCCAAACUUUUGAACAGUAGUGUACACAACACAACUGUCUACAUCACCAAAACUGACAACUGAAGUUGCUGUAUAUAUUUUUGACUCAGUAGAUUAUUAUCAUAUUUCUAGAAAACCGAAAAUAAACCUUUAAAAUAACCAAAAUAAAUGAUCGUGACGUGUUUCAUUGAUUCCAUACCAGAAAAUUAAGAGUCGUACUAAACUCAGGACUACCCUUAUAUACAUUGUCUUUACAAGUGUAUGUAAACUUUUGUUCAUGACUGUAACCCUUUGAUGCGCAACAUGGGUCAAAAUGACCCAAAACCAAUGGAAAAUGGUUAUCUCCUGACCCACACGGUGCAUCAAAGGGUUAAUAGAGAAUACAGUUUAGUUGUAGAGGAAUGUAAUUUUGUGGAGACUAGAUUGCAUUGGUCCCCAUGUUAAAAUGUCCAAAAACAUGUUUAAAGCUGAAUAUGUAAACCAAUUUUGAAGUUUACAUUCUAAUUUCCCCACUUUAUUUGUCUCCUUGGGGGCAAUUUAAGGCAUAUACAGCAAUCAAUAAAGUGCAUAAGGUGCUAAAAACAGUAUUUACAUGAGGUAUAAGUGCAAAUAUGUAUUUGUAGAGAGGGUGGUAGGAGUAGGAUAUCCCUUUUUUUCAGUUUCAUGCUGUUUGUUUUGCGUUUUGCCACUUAAAUAAACCCAACAGAAUCUCAUGAAUUACUCUAAAGUGUUUCGUUCAGAUGAAAUAAGUACUUUGAGUGACUUUGCCUCCCCUCUGAUGUCAGUGACAGCAUCACGUUGUGCUUUUGUUGCCACACACGCUACAGUGAUUGUGGUAUUUGUCACCAACGUAAUCACAGCUCACCUGUGGUUUGCAUGCCGGGACGAGGCGCAGGUCGACGGUCCAGCAUCCAUUAAAGCAUCGAUUUGCUUUCUGACCGACCGAGCUUCAUGCUGAGCAGAUAGACUGUUCCAGACACUCUGGGCCGUCUGACAGAGAAAACUCCUCUUGCUGUUUCUCGGCAACAGACCGAGUGGUUUGUUUCUCCUGUUCAUAUCCACGGUAACAAGCAGCGAGUGUUAAAUUUAGCUGUGCUUGCAGUGAUAUGAAGAAAUGGAACAUGAUUCUCAAUGAACAAGCGAUUCAACAAGGUUACUGAGCAAGUGGAAGAGAAAAAAAAAGACAAAAAAAAAUUCAGAUGGAGUUUUUCUCCUUCCAGUGAUGAUGAUAGUUGAAUUGGCUGCAAAUUACAUUCACCUUCAGAGGAGAGCCGGUGAAAAUGUGAAGUGAUGUUUUACUUUAGAAUGAUGUUACUGACUGCAGGUGGUGGGAAAACAGAGACAAAUAGAAUCUAAAGUAGCUGAGGGGAUUUGUCAAAGAGCACUAAGAUGAGAUGAGAUGAGAUGAGACAAGAUGUCAUAAGACGAGAUCAGACAAGAUAAGGUCAAGAUAUGAUAAGAUAUGACAAGAUAAGACAAGAUAUGACAAGAAAAAAUAAGAUACAAUUACGAUGCAACAAGAUAAGACAAGGUACAAUACGAUAAGAUAAUACAAGACAAGAUAAAAUAAAAAACAGUAAGAUACGAUAAGAUCAGAUGAGCUAUGAUAACAUAUAAUACAACAGAAUAUGAAAAGAUAAGACGAGAUAAGAUGAGACAAGAUGAGAUCAGAGAAGAGAAAAUGAGAUAAAACAAGAUGAGAUCGAAGAUAAAAUUAGAUAAGAGAAGAUGAGAUAGAAGAUAAAAUGAGCUAAGACAAGAUGAGAUAAGGCAAGAUAAGAAUAGAUAACACAAGAUACGACAAGAUAAGAUGAGACAAGAUAAGAUAUGAUAUAAGAUAAGAUACGACACGAAACAAUAAGAUAUGAUACGAUAAGACAUGACAAGAUACGAUAAGAUAUGACAAGUUAUGCAAAGAUAAGACGAGAUAUGACAAGAUAUGACAAGAUACAAUAACAUAUGACAAGAUACGAUAAGAUAUGAUAAGAAGAUAAAAUAAGGUAAGAUGAGACACAAAACGACAAGAUACAAUAAGAUACAAUAAGUUAAAGUACAAUAAGAUAAGAUAAAAUAAUGCGACAAGAUAAAAUAAGAUCAGAUAAGAUAUGAUAAGAUAUGACAGACUACGACAAGAGAAGAUGAGAUACAAGAUAAGACAAGAUAAAACGAGCUGUGACAAGAUAAGACAAGACAAGAUACGACAAGACAAGAUACGAUAGGACAAGAUAUGGCAAGAUAAGAUAAGACGAGAUAAGAUACGACAAGACAGGACAAGACAAGAUAAAAUAAGAUACGAACAAACAAGCAAAGAAGUGCAAAACAUUUAGGAAAUGUACAAAAAAUAAAAAUAAAUCAAACUAAACCGAGAUCUACCUAAGUACUGAUUAUAGAAAACACAGUGUUGCCUUUGCCAGUGGUAUUGAUUCUCUCUGACAUAAGUAUUAAUAUUGCACAGAUUACUAACUAUAAUGCACAGAUUUUUAGCGCAGUAGAAAUAUACCUAUGUAGCAUAUGUUCUAUGACAUGAAUGUGUCUGUACUGUACCGAGAGAUGCAUGACAGAUUUUCGAUGAGCGGUAUUAUAAACAGUUUUGCAUGUUAUAAUCAAGCAAUUUCAGUUUUAUUUCAAAAUUAAGGUGCAGCAGCUGAGUUUGUGCUCAGAAAAAUCCUUAAUUAUCAAUCACAUUCACAUAUAAAUGACUUAAACCAUGCUUCCCUCCAUGUUUUCCUGAUGAUUUAUUGCUAUUUCUUUU